CAGGAGAUCUGCCCCUUCUGCCCCACGCCCAGGCAGCUCUCAGAGCCAGACGUGGCCAUGCUGGAGGUUCCCUCCCUUCCUGAGCCUGGACGCGCCCCGGGCCCCGAGACCGGCCCGGCUCCGCUGCGGCUCCAGGACCUGGCGGCUGUGUGCUACGAGGACGGGCAGCACCAGGGGCUCCCCGUGGUCCUGGGCACCGGCGGCUUUGGCAGAGUUGAGCUGGUGCGUGGGCAGGGGCAGCUCUUUGCCCUGAAGCGGAUCCGCAAGGAGCACGUGGUGCGGAGGCGGCAGCAGGAGCACGUGUGCACGGAGAAGCGGGUGCUGGAGCAGAGCCGCUGCCCCUUCAUCGUGGGGCUCUUUGGCACCUUCAGGGACAGCCAGUACGUCUACAUGCUGCUGGAGUUCUGCCUGGGGGGCGAGCUGUGGGCCAAGCUGCGUGAGGUGCGCUGCUUCGAGGAGGAGGUGGCUGUGUUCUGCUCAGCCUGCGUGGUGGAGGCACUCGACUACCUGCACGGCAACGGGAUCGUGUACCGGGACCUCAAGCCCGAGAACCUGAUGCUGGACAAGCAGGGCUACAUCAAACUGGUGGAUUUCGGCUUUGCCAAGGAGCUGGAGCGGGGGGAGAAGACCUACUCGUUCUGUGGCACGCCCGAGUACCUGGCACCUGAGAUCCUGCGGCACGAGGGCCAUGACUUCGCCGUCGACUUCUGGAUGAUGGGCAUCCUCAUCUUCGAGAUGCUGGUGGGCCGGCCCCCGUUCCACAGCGCCGAGCCGCAGAAGAUCUACAGCAAGAUCCUGGAUGGGGUGUUCUCGUUCCCGGCCUACGUGAGCGAGGCCGCCUGCUCCCUGGUCUCCAAGCUGUGCCGGCUCCGGCCGGGACAGCGCUUGGGGAACACCAGCACCGGCAUCCGCGGCAUCAGGAAACACAGGUGGUUUGGCUCAGUGAAGUGGAAGCGUCUGGCCCUGCGGCAGGUCGAUGCUCCUACCCUGGCGCUGAUGAAGCAGGGCCCGCCCUACGCCAACUUCAAGCGCUUCUCGGAGGACUGGCCGCCGGGUGAGGAGGAGUUCUCAGGCUGGGACCAGGAUUUCUGAGCGGCCGUGGGGCCCACGCCAGCAGCACCCCAAGGACGCUCUGCUGGUGGCUGCUGCCCUGGUGCGGAGCUGGGCACGUGCCCGCAGCGGACAGGGCCCUGGGCUGCCCCCCCCCCGGG